ACGGCAAGUUCUCGCGAGCUCACGAGUUCGUUGAGUUGUCAUCCUAAUCCAUAAAUAAACAAUUUGCAUAUCUGUGUAAACACUUGCAUGUGGCAAUUUUUUAUUUCACGUAUGGAUGGACUGUUGCAUAUUUUGUUUAAUGGAUAAGGAUGACUGGACUGCGUGGCGUCAACAUAUCGAUUGGAUUAUGGUUCGACAUAUUUCUGAGAAUUUUUCUGGCAAUAUUAUUUGUGAUGCUGGAAAAGGCCGAGCCCUUCGUCAGGAAGAUUCAUGACGACGAGGUAUGGCUCUACAGAAAUCCAAAGACGGACUCUUAUGUUCCAACAACAUUUCUCUGGCCCCUAGUAUUUAUUACCCCUUUCGUAGUCAUCACCCUAUCAUUUUUAAGGAGUGGAGACAAAGUAGAUCUCCAUCAAGGAUCGCUGGCAGUAUCAUUAGCACUAGGAUUUAAUGGAGUCAUCACUGACAUGAUAAAGCUCAUUGUUGGAAGACCAAGGCCAGACUUUUUCUGGCGCUGCUUUCCAAACGGCGAAGGCAACAGUGAUUUCCUGUGCACCGGGAAUCCGGCCGAAAUAAGAGAUGGAAGGAAAUCAUUCCCGAGUGGACAUUCCUCAUUUGCAUUCGCAAGCUUGGGCUUCAUAGCCCUAUACCUAGCAGGAAAAUUCAAGACAUUCGGAUCGACGGGUAAAAGCCACUCGUGGAAGCUGUGCGCAUUCAUUCUCCCGUUGGCAUUUGCCCUCGCUAUCGCACUGAGUCGCACCUGUGAUUACCACCAUCACUGGCAAGAUGUUGCAGUGGGUUCAUUCCUCGGACUCCUCAUCACAUAUCUGUGUUAUAGGCAUUACUACCCCCCAUUAGACUGUCACAUGUGCCAUAGGCCCUAUUCGAUAUUGCUGAGCCAGGGCGAACCUGAAGUGACAAGACAAAAACGUGAGGAGGACGUCAAGUGGAUAUGAGAGACACCUCGGAAUUUCUAAGACUGAAACCACAUUUCCCAUCCAUUUUUAAUUUCCGGAGAAAAUAACAUUGCGAAUUGUUUCUGUAUAUUUAUAAAAUCCAACCACAUAAUCUGACUAAAUUGAGCUGCUGAAUUCCAUUUUUAUUGAGAAUAAAGGACUGUGGAGAGAAUUGAAUUCGACAUGUGUGGGAGAAUUGAAUAAAACAAUCAGUGGGUUGGGGUGUGACCGGUAGGGAUUGGUAGAAUUGGGUGUGACCCACUAUGGAAUGAACCAAUAACUUCCCCACCGAUUCCCCUUUUUCUGUUGAUUAGAAAAAAAACUAAUUUUGAAAGUUUCAUCCGAAUAACUGAACAACCGUUGAGACGAAUCCACUCAAUACAUAAUUAGAAUCGAGUUAUGUGAAGAAGCAUCGAUUAUACAAAAUUAAUUCAUAUCCCGUCGUUAUUUUAGGUAAAAUGGUCGAAUUUCAAUGGAAUAGUCGCAUUUGAGUGUUUUUUACAAGAUUUAUUUUUUCCAUCCAUAAUCAGCUUCAUCCAUAUUAUAUCUUGCAGAAAAUUAUUUCGACUGGUAUAUUCAUAUUCUGUAUUAGCCCCAGGGCUAUUUUACUUGGUCAAACUUUAGAUUUUUUUAAGGUAGAAAUUAAAAAUUGCAUGGAAAGCAGGAUGCUAUAUGCUAU